AACUAUGAUAUCAGGCAUCAUGGCGCCCGCAUGGUUAUUCUGCAUGGGCUAUCAAUCUCUCUCUACAUAGAUCUUUAAGGGCACGCAGUGUUUUUCUCUGCCAUGAUCAUGUGUUAUGGUGAUGACUGCUUGUGAAGCCUGAAAAUUACAAGUUUAUUAUUUUAUUUUUCACAUUAAAAGCGUUUAUUUUGUUUCGUUUUUUUGAGUGGCGACCCAUGGGGUUUUACUUUAAACCAAAAUGUGUUUUUCCAAGGAUUAAUCCCCAUUCAAUUAAAAUAAGUAAAUGCAGUCUAUUAGAAUAGCCGAUCGCCUCGGGGAACUCUACUGUAAUUGCUUUCUAUUUGUUGUCACAAAUAGCAACUGUGUAGGCUAGAUCAAAACUGAGCGAUAGAGACCGGAACCUUCCGCCGCCCGACGGAGAGCGCACCAGACUGGCAAGCGCAAAGUGUGGACGACCGCUUUAAUAUUUUAUCUACAGUAGGCAAUGGCUGGACAGUCUACCAUCAACGGGAUUACCUUAUCUCCCGUAACUCGCCAUCCAUCUUCAUAGCCGCCAAAUUUUGGGAAAAAUAACAUUUUAAUACUCAAGUGGAAUAAGGGACUCCGUUUCUGCACCCCCGGUUUGCCGUGCACUGGCAGUUCCAUGCCUGGCGGGGAUUGGACACGUAGCCCCACUCAGACGCACCUCAUCUGCGAAGACUCAACAACCCUCGCCUCGUAACGAGAUUUGAAGCCUCCCCCUUUAUCAAACUAACGGGAUCGUCGGAAACCAACGACUUAAAAUGACAUCUUAAGUUACCCUCUUAUUACGCGCUGGUGUGUGCGGUCUCUGGUAUUAUUUUUAAUUUUCACAGUGGAAGCGAAAGAGGGGGGAAACAGGAAACUCGUCCAUCUCCAAGUUUUUCGGAUCUCAGGGGCGCAGUAGAGGGAGUGAGCGGCGAUGGCAGCCCGGAUGACAGCAGCGUUCGCUCUCCUGGUUCUCACGGUGGCAACUGCCUUGGGCGCGGAGAUAGAGGAGCGACUGGUGACCUACCUGCUGUCUCCAGAGCGCUACAACAAACUGAUCAGACCUGCUGUCAACAAGAGCCAACAGGUCACCAUCCAUAUACAGGUGUCCCUGGCCCAGCUCAUUAGUGUGAAUGAGAGAGAACAGAUCAUGACCACCAACUGCUGGCUGACUCAGGUAUGGAAUGACUACAGGUUGAUGUGGGACCCAGAGGAGUAUGAGGGCAUUAAGAAGGUCCGCCUCCCAUCUCAACACAUCUGGCUGCCUGACAUCGUCCUCUACAACAAUGCGGAUGGGAACUAUGAGGUGUCAUUCUACUCCAACACGGUUGUCUCCAACAAUGGAGAGGUGAACUGGCUGCCCCCCGCCAUCUACAAGUCGGCCUGCAAGAUCGAGGUCCGCGACUUUCCCUUUGACCAGCAGAACUGCACACUCAAGUUCCGAUCCUGGACCUACGACCACACCGAAAUCGACCUGAUCCUGCUCAGCGAUUUCGCCAGCCGUGACGACUUCAAGCCCAGCGGUGAGUGGGACAUCGUGUCUCUGCCGGGACGCAAGAACGAAGACCCCUCUGACAUCACCUACCUGGACAUCACCUAUGACUUCAUCAUCAAGCGCAAGCCACUAUUCUACACCAUCAACCUCAUCAUCCCCUGUGUCCUCAUCACCUCUCUGGCCAUCCUGGUCUUCUACCUGCCGUCUGACUGUGGGGAGAAGAUGACUCUGUGUAUCUCAGUCCUCCUGGCCCUCACUGUGUUCCUGCUGCUGAUCUCUAAGAUCGUCCCACCUACGUCUCUAGCUGUCCCUCUCAUAGGGAAGUAUCUGAUGUUUGCCAUGGUGCUGGUCACCUUCUCCAUCGUCACCAGUGUCUGUGUGCUCAACGUGCACCACCGCACGCCCUCCACACACACCAUGCCCCCCUGGGUCAAACGUCUCUUCCUGCACCGCCUCCCCUCCUUCCUGUUCAUGCGUCGGCCGGGCAGCUCCAACAUCCGAGAGAGGUUCCGCCAGAAGCACCAGCGGCGCUCCUACUCCGACCUGAAGCUGAGAGACGGGGCGGUGGCAGUGGCCCCGGCCGCGGGGGGAAUGGGGGUGGCAGAGGGGUCUGGGAUAGGCAGGGCCGACUCCUUCUAUGUGAACGAGGAGUCGGCCAAGCGGUACGGCUGGAGGAUCAGCGACCUGUCGGAGAACACAGAGUUCAGGAAGAGGAUGACAGUGAAGUGUCACGCAGACGUUGAGGAGGCUGUGGACGGGGUGCGCUACGUUGCCGAGAAGAUGAAGAGUGAGGACAACGAUGAGGGGGUCAUUGAGGACUGGAAGUAUGUUGCCAUGGUGAUUGACCGGCUCUUCCUGUGGAUAUUUGUGUUUGUGUGCAUUACUGGGACUUUGGGGCUGUUCAUGCAGCCCCUCUUCCAGAGCUACAACACACCCACGGCAGACGACCUGGAGCAGAACUGACCUAUGACCCGAAACCUGACCCUAACGCCCCCCAACACCCCCACGAGGAACACCCGCCGCGAGUAAAACAGCUACUUACCAACACCUUGAAACAGAACUGUGUUAUUUUGACACACUCACAUACUGUACGCACACAGCACACCGGCCGCCACCACACCAACCAAUGCCCCUCAACCUCCCCUCUUAACAUCUUAUAUGGAACAGAGCAACCCCACCAACCCCAGAAAAAGGGUCUGUUAUUUUUCAUUUUAUUUCUGCAUUUGAAAAGGGGAACCAAUCUUUUCUGCACAGUUCCAGAAUAAUUUGCUGAGCCCAAAGAUCCACACACACACACACACACACACACCCACAACGGGGCGACCCUGGCCAGAAGACGACAACAGAGCCGCUAGUCUCUGCUACAGAGAAGGACAGCUCCUCCGUGUGUCCUCGUCCAGUGAAGCACAGACAGACACACGGACAUAACUCUUGCCUUCAGACGGAGAGGGUGAGGCGCAUUUCUUUAGACAGGAAUGCCAGCAGGCUUGUUAUUUUGCUGUGAAACGGGAAGCUUUGACUGUCUCCCCUCACGCCACAGUAUGUUGACUGAGUACUACUGUACAGUAUUUGGGACUGCUUCUGGCCCCAGGUGGUCAGUCACCUGAUGGGCUUUCAAUGCGUUAACAUUAGCUUUUUAGCCUACUGGGUCAUGUGUGUAAUUUUACGUUCAAAUGGUUGUUCUUAUGUGUUCAAAGAGGGUGGGACCAACGGGAAGCUAGUUGUUAAGUAAAUACAAAAAUUACCAUCAAACUGUUGUCACUCGCCUUUGCUUCUCUUAAAGGUGCAGUACGCCGGAGUAAGAAGUGUUCAUUCUCACAACGUUUUCCAGGUAACCAGCAGCUGUACAGAAUUUUAUACACACAAACCCCAUACGCAAACCGGUCAAACUGAACAGCGUUUGGCUCUGCACUAGCAAUCUUCCAGGCGGUAUUAACAUUGCUUAGUAUUUUUUCAGAAAUCUUUAACCCAAGUCUGUGUUCAACUUAUUUAUUGUCACUGUCAUAUAUGCACUCUGUCACUGCUAUAAAUGCUAGCCAAGGGAAGGAAUACUGUACACAAUUCAAGUGAAGAGUUUUGUUCUAAUCUCAUGUAUUUAUUUUUAUCAGUGUAAAGAAGGAGACAUGUGUUUUUCUUCCGCUGGCCAGUUAGGUGACCUGUUUUGGUUUGUCGUCCUGGACUGAUGUAUUCUGGGUAGCGCUCAGAAUUACAGGAAGUAGCAAUGCUGAUGUCAUGUCAAAGAAGUCAAUAAAAGGGAACAACAAGGGGAUGAGGUUCUGGAAUGUGGUCCUUUGUGGCUCAGGAGCGUGGGCUUGAUUCCCACCAAUACAAAAACACAUACAUGCAUGAUUAUGAGUUUGGCUAAAAGCGUCUGCUAAAUGGCGGAUAUUAUUCGGUGUUACAUAAGACAUACUCCUGUUGAUUCAUAAUGUUGUGUAAAAAACCCUGGUGAGAAAAGAAUCAAGAUAUAGGGUUAGUGUGUUAACAUGCAUCGGACCCUGCAUUGUACCCUCAUUAUAGGAGCUGCCUGACCAUAUGACAAACCAUAUCCUCAAGCUCUUUCUUCUUCCGAAAUGAACCUCACAGAUUGUUCACUACGCUUUGUUUCCGGGUAAUGAUGACUCACGGAAUUAAGCAGAUUCUCCUAGCGGUUGGAGUCUUUGUUACCGUCGGACGGAAGGCAAGACGUUUCUGGAAUGCGUAGCUGUGGGCGGUUUUGUGUCUCAUCUGAAUUGUCUGGCGCUCAGGCUAAAUGUUAGUCAGCUGAUGAAGAGUUCAUUAGAAAGCGCUCUGAAGUCAGAACCCUUCAUGUUCGGUUAAGAUGACAGAGAUGAGACGCUCUGCCUAACUCAUGCUGAUACACAUACACGUGCGUGCCCACAAAACGAAACUGCACACACGCUGGUCUGGAAGUAGCAAAAUGAGGAGAGGCUGCUGGUAUAACAUCAGCUUUUAUCAACUUGGAUCUGUCUAUGUUUAUCUGUUCUGAAGAGGAAGUCUUAAAUCAUAACCUAACUUAUUCAGUGUUUAACAUUAUAGAUGACAUUUGUAUGUGGGCCUGUAUAUGUCUCUGUAUGAAGUUUGUCUGGUACCAUCAACAUAGCCUUUAUGGUUGGGUUAUGUGGAUAAACAGACAGUUUGAGAUCCCCCACUCAUCUCCAUAUGCAUAUUGGUAUGAUCCAUUUAUUAAAUAUAGGG